GGAGAAAUUAAGAUGUCUUCGUCGUCAUACGCGGAAGCAAUAGAUGAACUAAAUAAACUUUUGAGGGAUAAGAGUAAUUUGGAGAAUGUAGCAGCCGAAAAGGUGGGGCAGUUGACGGGUGAGCUAGAGACUUUUGCUGCCGAAAAGAUCAGGCAGUUGACCACUGAUUUAUCAUUAUUAGACUCCACCAAACCAAUAUUUGAUCCCGUCCAAAGAAUCCAAACCGGCUUCUCCCAUUUCAAGAAAUGGAAUUUUCAGAAGAGACCUGCUUUGUAUGGUGAACUGGCCAAAACUCAGAGCCCAAAGUUUUUAGUGUUCGCAUGCUCAGACUCUAGAGUGUGUCCUUCUCACAUCCUCAAUUUCCAACCCGGUGAAGCGUUUUUAGUCAGGAACAUUGCUAAUAUGGUGCCUCCAUACGAUCAGAAAAAACACUCUGGGGUAGGGGCUGCCAUUGAAUACGCAGUGGUGCAUCUCCAUGUGGAGAACAUUUUGGUCAUUGGACAUAGUCAUUGUGGAGGAAUUAAAGGCCUCAUGAACAUCCCAGAUGAUGGCUCCACAAACAGCCAUUUCAUUGAGAACUGGGUACAAAUUUGUUCAUCUGCCAAAACCAAGAUUCAACAACAAUCUUCUGCCAACUCAGAUUUCACAGAACAAUGCUCAAAGUGUGAAAGGGAGGCUGUAAAUGUAUCUCUUGAGAACUUAUUAACAUAUGGAUUUGUGAAAGAUGCCGUGGUGAAGAAAACGCUUCAUUUGAGAGGUGGACAUUAUGAUUUCGUCGAGGGAUCUUUUCAGCUGUGGGAUUUUGAUUCUGCUGCUGCUUUAUUACCAUCAUCAUCAUCAUCUUCCUCUGUUUGAUUGAAUGAAUGAAUU